AUGCCUCGCAUCUAUUCAAACACUGCUGCCUCACGUUCAGAGAUCUAUAUCUCGGAGCCUACCUUGAUUGGUUCUUCGAAUAUCGGCCUCGACCCAGGCUGUGUAGCUCCGUCGUGUCUGGCGAUGCCUCCGUCGCCUUUCAGCCUCGAGGCUGGGAGGCCUUUUUCCCCACGACCUAGCACGUCCUCGGGAUAUUCGAUUCACAGUCACAGUCAUUCUAGAUCAUCGUCGCUCUCAACGCCCAGAUACGCGUCCCCACCAUCUCCUCUGGCACCCUUCACCCAUGCUACUGCAAACCAGUCGUUCUUCUGUCCCUCAACGGGGUCGAAGAAGUGCAAGCAGGAUUGCCCCGUCUGCAGACCAGCGCUCAGGCCGGAAAAGUCGAGUGGUUUCUCGAGUCUCCGACGCCGCUAUGCGGAGUGGAGAAGUCAAAGACAGCAGCUCAAAGUCGAGGACAGACAGAACGGAUUGCCGGAGAUCCGCAUUUCCACAUUCUGA